CCACCUGUUUGGGUACCUUACCGACAAUUCGGAAGACUCAAACACAUUUUUUGAGUCAAUGGCUAACAGUGCAUCAUCUACCACUCUAGGUUCUCUCCCCGCGCUCAUGGAUUCGAGCUUCUCUCCAAAAUCUCAAACCCUUAGGGAAUUAGCUCAACAGCUCCGUCUCUACAAGCCUCUUCCUUCCACAGACGACGAGGACGAGAUCGAAGAGAGGCGUAUCGAAGAAAACAAAGGGAAGGUCGUUUCUCAGGUGGGUUUUUCGGAAUCUGCAACAUCUAUUACUCAUUCUGAAAGAUUUAGACCGAAGAGAGCAGCCGUCCUUAUUUGCCUAUUCGAAGAUGAUGCUGGAGAUCUCCGAGUCAUCCUCACUAGGCGCUCGAAGAGACUCUCCACUCACUCAGGUGAAGUUGCUUUGCCAGGAGGGAAAGCUGAGGCGGGUGAUGCAAAUGACACAGAGACAUCUUUGAGGGAAGCCAAGGAAGAGAUAGGGUUGGAUCCUUCCCUUGUUAAUGUUGUGACUGUUCUCGAGCCCUUCUUGUCUAAGCAUCUUCUGAGAGUUGUUCCUGUGAUUGGUAUACUUUCAAAUAGGCAAGCAUUCAAGCCUACUCCAAAUGUUGGAGAAGUGGAAGUGAUAUUUGAUGCACCUUUAGAAAUGUUUAUCAAGGAUGAGAACCGAACUGCAGAAGAGCGAGAAUGGAUGGGACACAAGUAUUUGAUCCAUUUCUUUGAUUAUGAAACAGAGAACAAGAAAUUCAUAAUAUGGGGUUUGACUGCUGGGAUCUUGAUUCGUGCUGCAUCAAUUGUGUACCAGCGGCCACCUCCCUUUCUGGAACAGAAUCCAAAUUUCGGAUUUCUUAGGUCUGUUACUCCAAAUACCAUCCUGCCCUGAAUCUGUAACAUUAGUCACCAUAACCUGCAUUGGUUGGAUCCUGAUUUAUUCAAGACAAAUGGUUGACAUAAACCUAUGGACUAUACUUGUCAUCUUAAAUCUAGCUAUGGAGGAGAUAUUUUUACCAUCCGGACUACUGGAGUGAACUGUGACUCGGAAUUUGCACAUAUUUAGUAAUGCAUGGCACCUAAGGUUAAUGCCUGUGUUGGAAUGACAGGUUAUGGUGCACAAGGUACAAUAUGGUGGCAUUUGGAUGCACUUUGAAUUCAGAUUCUAGCCAUCUCUGUGAGAAUGGACAUUGAUGAAUCAUAAAAUAAUAUUUUUUGGCUGAUAUUUCAUUUGUUUUUGUUUUGAAGAAGAAAAGCAUACAUAUUGACUAAGGAAGAAAACAUGUGACAAGAGUUUGGGUCUGUUGUAAACAAAAUGUUGUUUACAUAGCUUGGUGUACCAAUCCGUGAUGAAAGGCUGUUCGAAGUUGUUUUUUAGAUGAACUUAAAACCCAGGCAAUGACAUUGAAUUGGACAUCUGCCAAUA